AGUGUCUACUGCACCACGGGUUGUUUAGUGUGAACCCCGCCUGAUGCAUGACACCUCUACAUGUAACACACAGGACCACAGCCAAUGUAACAGAAACACAAGCACUGACAACAGGAUCACAGACGCAUUAACGAUAGGAUCACAGACGCACUAAAACAGGAUCACAGACGCACUAAAACAGGAUCACAGACGCACUAACAACAGGAUCACAGACGCACUAAAACAGGAUCACAGACGCACUAAAACAGGAUCACAGACGCACUAAAACAGGAACAAAGACGCACUAAAAAAACAGGAACAUAGAUGCACUACCAACAGGAACACUGACGCGCAAAAUCAUAAUCAUCAUGUGCGCAAAACUCCAUGUUUGGAAAGGCAAAGAACAUGAUGGCGAGAUAGCAGGUCAUGGGGGGCUUGAACUCUCAGGCGGGACCUACAUCAGCUGGCGACGGAACAUGUUUCCAGACGACAAUGAAAGCCAGCCAAUAAAUCCGACGACGUUGGAGGACGACUGCAACUUUGAAGGGCGAGCAGCCGACAAAACCUUCCCGGUGCACGCGUCCGAGAUUGACGAGUACAUUAUCCUGAGGUGGUGGCGGGAGUGGCAGACGAGACGAGAGUGGAAGAAGCAAGGGGAGAUAACUCCAUGUUUCACUGUCCUUGAGGCCAUCAUGGCCGGUCGGGGAUGGAGCAGAAGUGAGAAGGGGGUCAGAAUGGACCCCGGGGAGCUCGUGGAUCAGGUUGCGAGGUUAGGGGUCAUCACCAGGAACGAAGGAUGCGUCAUUCAGUGAUGUUCUUUUCCGGACAUGGAAUCUGUUACGUCGGAUAAUCGAGACUGGUUGUUCUCUGGCAUUGACGUUUUAUAUUUAGGCACAGAGCCGGACCCAUGAAGAUCCGGGGUAGAAUAGGUCUUCAGCAACCCAUGCUUGCCGUGAAGAUCCGGGGUAGAAUAGGUCUUCAGCAACCCAUGCUUGCUGUAAAAGGCGACAAUGCUUGUCGUAAGAGGCGACUAACGGGAUCGGGUGGUCAGACUCGCUGACUUGGUUGAUGCAUGUCUUUAAGCUGCCACCAUUUGUUUGGAUAUUUUUCAAGUGAUCGUUUUCGCGAACACAUGGUUUCAUCACUGAUUUUCAGUGAUCCAUGCAUAUAAUAUUCAUCGUUAUUUUGCCUUUAAUGCCCAAUGGAAUCUGUUUCGUCGGAUAAUCGAGACUGGUUGUUCUCUGGCAUUGACAUUUUUUUUAUUUAGGCACAGGGCCGGACCCAUGAAGAUCCGGGGUAGAAUAGGUCUUCAGCA